AUGUUUGCGACACUCGUUCCCUUUUGUUUCUCCACCAUCUUCGUUUCUCUCGUCUUCACCAAAAUCGUCCAUCUUUCCAUUCACGCCAAAACAAUCUCACCAGGCGCAUUCAUCCUUUUCCUCCCGUCGCUACUCAUCCCCGACCUCAUCAUUAUCUACGUAUCGCGUCUGGCUCUGCGACAACAAAAGGGCCUCUUCUCUGUCGGCGCUUGUGUGCUGGGAUGUAUCUUCUCAUUUGUACUGCUCGGCGCGUCGGCGUCGCAAUUAGGCUUCUUUUACUCCACGGGUAAUGAGGUCAAGUGGUCUGAGGCGAGGAGUUAUGCUGGCGAUGCCAAGGGUAUGAAGAUUCUGUUGAGCGGGAUCAAUUCAGUGCUCGCGGCUGGUGCCAUCAUUGUUGUUGUGGCUUGGUUUGCCAAGUGGUUUGUUUACAGAGCUGUUGGAUCGCUCAUCACAACGGUUGGAACACCUGUUGUGCAUGCGUGGCAGUCGAUCCGAAACAGAACCCCACGAUCUCCUCGCUCCACCUCACCUUACGAAUCCGACAGUGAAUACGACGAUGUCGAAAAUGCCAAAGAAGGUGCUCAACUCCUCAAAAGUGAGGCUCACGAAGAGUCCCGAACAAGGCCUCGAACAGUGGUCAUUCUCGCUGUUGUGGGCGCCUUCCUCUUCCUCACCACGGCUCUCCGACCCGCUGCGCCUUACACCAUGAUGUCCAUGUCGCUUCCAUUGGCCAUGCUCGACAUGUUCAAGUCGCCUUCCAACGUCUGCAAUGCUGCCAGCGGUAACUGGCCUUUGACUGCGCUCAUCACCGAGGACAAGUGGGAGGAACCCAAGGGACACUUCCCAGGCUGGACACCCGGUGAGGUCGGCGAUGCGGCGCGCAAGUACCGCGAGACAACACCCGAAUGGCUUCCCUCCGACAUCCCCUCCGGCUUCCACAAAUGGACCCAGAAGGAGUCCAAGCCCAACACCACAGAACAAGACCAACCAAAGACCAGCAACGGCUGUGUCGUCCCCUCCGCGGAUGACACCUUCUACAACCCUGUUCUGGAUCCAAUGAAGAUCUCCAAUCUCGACAACGACAUCCUCGAUGUGCUGCGCGACACCCUAUCAGGCGGCGACGUCAAGAUCAAGCACGUGGCACUAAUCAUGAUGGAGAGUUACCGUGAGGAGCUGUUCCCUCUGCAGCAGGGCUCCGAGUACCACAAGCUCAUCAUGAAGUCGCACAAGGGUGAGGACGUGGACGCUGUCAACGCCAAGCUGUCACACUUGAGCCCCGUCGCCGAGAAGCUGACUGGCAAGUCGGGUAACUGGAAGAAGAAGGACGGCUCGGAUUUCGAACACGUGGCUAUCCCGCAGUGGAACGAUACUGCCGCGGAGGGAUACGGAGGUAUUAACGUCGUCGGUGGUUUCACGACGUCUUCGCUUUCGUUCAAGAGCAUGGCUGCCAUUCACUGUGGUUCUUGGUCGAUGCCUGUUGAUGGCUUUGAGGAGUCUGAGACAGACAGCUACCAGCCUUGCAUCCCCCAGGUUCUCAAUCUCUUUAACAAGAUCAAGGACAACAAGACCUCCAAGGACUUCCUUGAGCAGCAAUGGUACCCCGCUUUCUUCCAGUCCAUCACCGACGGCUAUGACCGUCAGGACAAAUUCGACAAGAAGAUCGGCUUCGAGCACCAGGUCACCCGAGAACGUCUCGAUGACGAGAAGAAGGACGGUGACGAUCUCGAGGAGAUCAACUACUUUGGCUACGCCGAGACAACACUGAAGCGUCAUAUCAAGGAUUACCUCAAGCAGGUCAACGAUGAGGGCAAGCGCAUGUUCUUCUCUCACUUCACCAGCACGACUCACCACCCAUGGGGCGUUCCUCAAUCAUUCAAAACACAAGACUACCUCAACACCGACGGCAAGAUGAAGUGGCACGAGGAGUUCAACAGCUAUCUCAACGCCGUUCGAUUUACAGACGCUUGGCUCGGUGAGCUUCUCCAGACCUUCGACGAGUACGGCAUGACCAACGAGACCCUCGUCGUCUUCGUUGGCGACCACGGACAAGCUUUCAAGGAAGAUCAAAAGUCCAAGAUCGGAACGUACGAGAACGGCCAUGUUAGCAACUUCCGCGUCCCGAUUACAUUCCGCCACCCGCACAUUCCCCGAGUCCAAUACAACGCCAACGCAACAUCCCUCUCCAUCCUCCCUACCAUCCUCGACCUUCUCAUCAACACCAACUCCCUCAACGAAAAGGACACAAACGCCGCCUCAGACAUCAUCCAAGACUACGAAGGCCAAUCUCUCAUCCGACCCUACAAGACCAUUCACAACGGCCGUCGCGCAUGGAAUUUCGGUAUCAUCAACGGCGGAGCAAGCAUGUUGUCUAUGACCUCUGCCGACUCGCCCUGGCGGAUAGUUAUUCCGCUUGAUGACUCUACACAGUACCGCUUUACGGAUCUUAAGACUGAUCCGUUGGAGCGUAAAGCUGUGGAGGGUUGGACGCUUCAGCAACUUGAGAUUGCUGUUGAGAAUAAGUUUGGCGAGGAGGCCUCUACUUGGGCAGCCGAGGCGGAUGCUGUGGCUAAGUGGUGGGGACCUGAGAGGAAGAGAUUAUGGGGAUAUGAUCCUUCACAUAAGGAGGAAUAA